AUGAGACCCUUCUCUCGUUUCCGAGCAUGGCAUCUUCCCAGUGGAUUCACCUCCCGGCGAGGCCUACUGACACAAGCAAGGGCCAAAGGCCCGUCAGAGCCGCCUUUGCUAGAAGAUACGAUUGGAGGCCACUUUGGGAAGAUCGUGUCCCAACACGGUGACCGCAAUGCAGUCAUAUCCCGGCACCAAAGGCAGCGGUUGACAUAUCAUGACCUCGAUCUGAAGAGCAACAGUCUCGCGAGAGGUCUGCAGGAAACAGGGGUGAAGAAAGGUGACCGAGUUGCUGUUUCGCUAGGAAACAAUAUCGAGUACAGCGUUGCAACAUAUGCGCUGUUCAAACUCGGCGCCAUUCUAGUGCCACUCAAUCCGGCGUUUAAUGCUGCUCAAGUCAUUUCCGCCCUCAGUCACCUUGCGGCCUCGCACCUGAUCAUCAGUACCGAGACCAAUUUACCAUUCAAAACACCCCGUUCCAAUGUUCCACUGUUUGAACAGUUAACGCCGAAUCUGGCCCGCCAAAAUCUCCAGUCUCCCAGCGUGCCUAGUCUCAAGCACUUGAUCCUCGUCGACAACUCCUCGGGUCGCGUUGAUCCCGACCCUUUCAGAUGUAGUACCUCCUUUCCUGACCUUCUCAACGGUCCUUCUUCCAGCGCACUUCCGCCUCAACACCUCUCCAAUACUGACGUUGUCAACAUCCAAUUCACGUCUGGUACGACCUCCGCUCCGAAAGCGGCCUGCCUGUCUCAUCGCUCGAUUCUCAACAACGGCCACCAAAUCGGCUCUCGCAUGCGCCUUACAGCACGAGACAUUGUAUGUUGUCCUCCUCCACUCUUUCAUUGCUUCGGAUGUAUCCUCGGGUACAUGGCAACAGCCACCCACGGCUCUGCCAUCGUCUUUCCUGCCGAAGCAUUCGACCCGAAGGCCUCGCUUCUUGCCGUGCAAGAAGAAAAGGCGACGGCGCUAUAUGGCGUGCCGACCAUGUUCUUGGCCGAGCUGGACUUGCUGGCUAAUGGAACGGUGAGGAACGAGGGCUUUGGGCAUUUGAGAACAGGGAUAGCAGCGGGCAGUUCCAUACCCGCAGAGAUUAUGCGGAAGCUGCACCAAACGCUAAAUCUGACGGAGCUGACGAUCUGUUACGGAAUGACCGAGACCAGUCCCGUUUCUUGUAUGACGGCCACAGAUGACCCUAUGGACAAGCGAAUCAACUCGGUUGGGAGGCUGAUGCCACACGUCGAGGCCAAGAUUGUGGAUGCUUUCGACGGUAAGAGAAUUCUUGGAAUCGCCGAAAGAGGCGAGUUAGCAGUGAGCGGAUACCUGGUCAUGAAGGGGUACUGGGGUCAACCGGAGAGGUCGGCCGAGGUCAUGAGGACGGACGAGGAAGGCAAGCUGUGGAUGCACACCGGUGACGAGGCCGCCAUGGACGAAGAAGGCUUUGUCAGCAUCACCGGCAGAAUCAAAGAUCUGAUCAUCCGCGGCGGAGAGAACAUCCAUCCUCUCGAGGUGGAGAAUUGCCUGUUCGCGCAUCCGGGGAUCAAGGAAGUGAGUGUCGUAGGCUUGCCGGACGAGAAGUAUGGUGAGGUCGUUGCCGCUUUCAUUGUACCCAGGCAGGGCGCUGAGAAGACCAGCCGAGAAGAGAUCAGGAACUGGGUCAGAGAACGGUUGAGCCAUCAUCUCGUCCCAAGCCAUGUAUUCCAUGUAGAAGGAUAUCCUAAAACGGCAAGUGGCAAGAUUCAGAAAUUCAAGCUGAAAGAAAUGGGCAUCGAGCUGCUCAAGGGAGCUUGA